AGGCUGACGCACACCAUGGGGCGCCUGCAACUGGUUGUCUUGGGCCUCGCCUGCUGCUGGGCAGUGGCCAGUGCCGCGAAGCUGGGCCCCGUGUACACGGAAGGUGGGUUCGUGGAAGGCGUCAAUAAGAAGCUCGGCCUCCUGGGCGACUCUGUGGACAUCUUCAAGGGCAUCCCCUUCGCGGCUCCCACCAAGGCGCUGGAGAACCCCCAGCCACACCCCGGCUGGCAAGGGACCCUGAAGGCCAAGUCCUUCAAGAAGAGAUGCCUGCAGGCCACCAUCACCCAGGACAGCACCUACGGGGAUGAAGACUGCCUGUACCUCAACAUCUGGGUGCCCCAGGACAGGAAGCAAGUCUCCCGGGACCUGCCCGUUAUGAUCUGGAUCUAUGGAGGUGCCUUCCUCAUGGGGUCCGGCCACGGGGCCAACUUCCUCAGCAACUACUUGUAUGACGGCGAGGAGAUUGCCACACGCGGAAACGUCAUCGUGGUCACCUUCAACUACCGUGUCGGCCCCCUUGGGUUCCUCAGCACUGGGGAUGCCAACCUGCCAGGUAACUAUGGCCUUCGGGAUCAGCACAUGGCCAUUGCUUGGGUGAAGAGGAAUAUCGCGGCCUUCGGGGGGGACCCCAACAACAUCACACUCUUUGGGGAGUCUGCUGGAGGUGCCAGCGUCUCUCUGCAGACCCUCUCCCCCUACAACAAGGGCCUCAUCCGGCGAGCCAUCAGCCAGAGCGGCGUGGCGCUGAGUCCCUGGGUCGUCCAGAAAAACCCACUCUUCUGGGCCAAAAAGGUGGCUGAGAAGGUGGGUUGCCCUGUGGACGAUACCGCCAGGAUGGCCAAGUGUCUGAAGGUUACUGACCCCCGAGCCCUGACGCUGGCCUAUAAGAUGCCGCUGGCAGGCAUGGAGUACCCCAUGCUGUACUAUCUGGGCUUCAUCCCUGUCAUUGAUGGAGACUUCAUCCCCGAUGACCCCAUCAACCUGUACGCCAAUGCCGCCGACAUCGACUAUAUAGCAGGCACCAACAACAUGGACGGCCACUUGUUCGCCAGCAUCGACAUGCCUGCCAUCAACAAGAACAACAAGGAAGUCACGGAGGAGGACUUCUACAAGCUGGUCAGUGGGCUCACAGUGACCAAGGGGCUCAGAGGUGCCAAGACUACCUUUGAUGUCUACACUGAGUCCUGGGCCCAGGACCCAUCCCAGGAGAACAAGAAGAAGACUGUGGUGGACAUUGAGACCGAUACCCUCUUCCUGGUGCCCACCGAGAUUGCCCUGGCCCAGCACAGAGCCAACGCCAAGAGUGCCAAGACCUACAGCUACCUGUUUUCCCAUCCCUCUCGGAUGCCCACCUACCCCAAAUGGAUGGGGGCAGACCAUGGAGAUGACAUCCAGUACAUUUUCGGGAAGCCCUUCGCCACCCCCGACGGCUACCGGCCCCAAGACAGGACAGUCUCCAAGGCCAUGAUCGCCUACUGGACCAACUUUGCCAAAACAGGGGACCCCAACAUGGGCCACUCGGCUGUGCCCGCACACUGGGAACCCUACACCUCGGAAAACGGCAGCUACCUGGAGAUCACCAAGAAGAUGGACGGCAGCUCCGUGAAGCGGGGCCUGAGAACCAACUUCCUGCGCUACUGGACCGUCACCUAUGUGGCGCUGCCCACGGUGACCGACCAGGAGGCCACCCCCGUGCCCCCCACAGGUGACUCCGAGGCCACUCCUGUGCCGCCCACAGCUGACUCCGAGGCCACCCCCGUGCCCCCCACAGGUGACUCCGAGGCCACUCCUGUGCCGCCCACAGGUGACUCCGAGGCCACCCCCGUGCCCCCCACAGGUGACUCCGAGGCCACCCCCGUGCCCCCCACAGGUGACUCCGAGGCCACCCCCGUGCCCCCCACAGGUGACUCCGAGGCCACCCCUGUGCCCCCCACAGAUGACUCCAAGGCCACCCCCGUGCCCCCCACAGGUGACUCCGAGGCCACCCCCGUGCCCCCCACAGGUGACUCCGAGGCCACUCCUGUGCCGCCCACAGGUGACUCCGAGGCCACUCCUGUGCCGCCCACAGGUGACUCCGAGGCCACUCCUGUGCCGCCCACAGGUGACUCCGAGGCCACCCCCGUGCCCCCCACAGGUGACUCCGAGGCCACCCCUGUGCCCCCCACAGAUGACUCCAAGGCCACCCCCGUGCCCCCCACAGGUGACUCCGAGGCCACCCCCGUACACCCAACUGGUGACUCUGAGGCCGCCCCUGUACCCCCCACAGAUGACUCCAAGGGAGCUCAGAUGCCUGUAGUCAUUAGUUUCUAGCAUCCCAUGAGCCUUGGUCUUUAGAGGCCGCAAGGGUGGGACCCCAGGGGCUCCCCUCCCGUCUUUAGCUCUUCCUGAAUAAAACCUCAUUUCCCUG